AUGCUUCGGUUUAGAAUGCAGUUAAUGGAUUUAAAAAACCGGGAAUCUGCCCCUAUGAUCCAAAUGUUUUUGGAAAAGAUGGUUAUGCUCGCUCCUUCAACUAUGAUCGACCGUCCCCUUCCUGACGUACCGUCUAAUAAGACUGAAGGUCCUGUAAAUGAUGCACCGUCGACAAUGAUCAAAGAUCUUUUUAAUGGCACAUCGACUACUAUGACCGACUGGGCUUUUAAUGACUCUCCAGCAACAGCAAUAACGACUGACCCGUUUCUACUUGAAAUCACAUCUGUUAUCGUAAAGUACGCAGUAGUUGAAUCUUCCACACAGUCCGUUAUCAUUGUAGAAAUAGAGACUAAAAGGUCUACUACACCUUUUCCUGAUUCCAAUAUACUGGAAGAAAGAUCAGCUGAUUCACUAGGAGAAAAUCAUCCAGCGCCUGCAGCAAGCCUUACGUCAUUUCAGAUUAGAUCUAUUCCAACUAUGGCUGCUCCUAAAACAGGCCGCAAACAUCAGAGGCAGGAAUCAGAAAUGUUGACGUCUACUCCCGUCAAAGCUGAACAAGCAUUAAAGUUUAAGAAGGCAAAUAUUAAGAAGACCAAGAUUUCUGAGUUAGAAGGCUCCAGAAAAACGAAAACUAAAAGAUCCUCAGUC